CUAUUCUCCAGCCCGCUCAGCCGCGCCACCUGCUGGUCGCUCGCCGUCACUUCUCUCUGGCUGUGACAGACAGGUGGCUGAGCCAAUGACCCGGACCUGGCUGGUGUCAUUCAGCGGUUCUUCUCCUUCAUAGCGCUGUGCUGCUGGGCCGGAGAAGGGGAGGAGCCUGGCCGGGUGAUGUCACACGUCUUGAAGACAAGGGGGCUGUCCCUCGGUUCUGCAGGGUGAAGUAAGACGGGAUCGGAUGCUGUGGACGGUGCUGGGAUUGGAGCCUGGGUGCACCGGCUUCGAUACGAUGCGAUGCACGGAGGAUGCAUGAGGCGGAGAGCUGUUACAGCUGAUCAGUCCUCCGGUCCCCUCUUUGGCCUUCUUCCUCUGCAUGGAUCAUCACACGGCACUCAGCCGUGCUCAGUAAGUGAUUAUGUUAUGGAAAAAUGAAAGAGGUCUUUCCAAAGUACAAUUGGUGCCACAAAAAACAAGCCUCAGUUAAGGGCAGACAGUCUUCAUAACAAUAGUUGGAUGGGUGUCAAUCCUGCUUCUCCUAAGAGUAUAAUAAGCCGAGAUGCCUGGAAGCAGUUAACCUGACAUAAGCCACUACAAGUCCCAGGAGACAUGGCUCAUAGACAAAGCCCACCCAGCAUCUUUGAGCAUAGAAUCUAAUCCGCAUAUCUAAUUGGACUGCAAGAUUGUGUAGACAACAACUGGAAUCUUCCAGCAUCUGAACUUUGUGCAAGUUUAUAUACACUGCAGCGGAAUGCGAAACAAUACAAUACAGCGUGUUACCCACCUUAAACGUUUCAGUCCGCAUGUUGCUCAAAGGCUAAUAAAAAUGGAAUCCUCAUAGUGACAACAUUCUGCUCCUGCUGCUGCUGCUGGGCAAGCAGCGUCACUACAUGAUCACAUGACUCUGGAUAUGGACUCAGUCCUGUCAGACUUUGUUCGGUCUACAGGGGCUGAACCUGGUCUGGCAAGGGAUUUGCUUGAAGGAAAGAACUGGGACCUAACGGCAGCUCUGAGUGACUAUGAACAACUGCGACAGGUACACACUGCAAACUUGCCUCAAGUGUUCAAUGAAGGGAAAUACUAUAAGCAGCAGGACAGAGAAAUCACCCAGCAUGUCAACAAGAUUGAGAGACCAAACCUCCAAAGACAAGAAGACAUAGCUCAAGAGAAAAGACUGUCCCGAGGCAUAUCCCAUGCCAGUUCUGCCAUUGUUUCUCUGGCUCGGUUGCAUGUGGCCAAUGAAUGCAGCAGUGAUCCUUUUCCUCUAGAAAUGCCUAUCUAUACAUUCCAACUACCAGACCUCAGUGUGUAUAGUGAAGACUUCCGAGUCUUUAUUGAACGGGACUUAAUAGAGCAGUCAACAAUGGUGGCCUUGGAGCAAGCAGGGAGGCUGAACUGGUGGUCUACAACCUGCUCAAGUUGUAAACGUCUCCUGCCAUUAGCUACAACUGGUGAUGGGAACUGCCUUCUACAUGCUGCCUCUUUGGGAAUGUGGGGAUUUCAUGACCGAGAUCUUGUUCUAAGGAAAGCUCUUUAUACCAUGAUGAGAAGUGGAGCAGAGAGGGAAGCACUAAAGAGACGAUGGAGGUGGCAGCAGACACAGCAGAAUAAGGAGUCUGGGCUGGUUUACACAGAAGAUGAGUGGGAGAGGGAGUGGAAUGAGUUGUUGAAGUUAGCCUCCAGUGAGCCUCGAACACACUUCAGCAAGAAUGGAGGCUCUGGUGGUGGAGUGGACAAUGCCGAAGAUCCAGUUUAUGAAAGUUUGGAAGAGUUUCAUGUCUUUGUCCUAGCUCAUAUAUUAAGACGGCCGAUUGUAGUAGUGGCUGACACCAUGCUGCGUGACUCGGGGGGAGAAGCAUUUGCACCUAUCCCAUUUGGUGGGAUUUACUUGCCUCUUGAAGUUCCACCCAACAGAUGUCAUUGUUCACCGCUGGUCUUGGCUUAUGAUCAGGCUCAUUUCUCAGCACUGGUUUCUAUGGAGCAGAAAGAUCAACAACGUGAACAAGCGGUUAUUCCGUUAACAGACUCUGAACACAGGCUUCUACCUUUGCACUUUGCAGUUGACCCUGGGAAGGACUGGGAAUGGGGCAAGGAUGACAAUGACAACAUUAAGCUGGCCAGUUUGAUUCUAUCCCUGGAGGCCAAACUGAACCUUCUGCACAGCUACAUGAAUGUAACCUGGAUACGCAUACCCUCGGAGACACGGGCUCCUUUGGCCCAACCAGAAUCUCCAACAGCUUCUGCGGGAGAGGAUGUACAGUCACUUGCGGACUCUGUGGAGUCGGACCGUGAGUCAGUCUGCAGUAAUUCCAAUGUUAACAAUGGUAAAAAUGGGAAAGAAAAGGAAAAAGAAAAACAAAGGAAAGAGAAGGAAAAGAACAGAACUGACUCUGUGGCAAAUAAGCUUGGAAGCCUUAGCAAAACACUGGGUAUAAAAUUAAAAAAGAACAUGGGAGGUCUUGGGGGCCUAGUGCAUGGCAAGAUCAGCCGAGCAAAUUCAGGCAAUGGGAAAAACGGUGAUUCCACUGAAAAAGCAAAGAAGUCCAAAUCUCGCAAAGGAAGCAAAGAGGAGUCAGGACAGUCUGCUAGCACCUCGCCUUCAGAAAAGACAACUCCAUCACCCACUGAUAAAGCUAGCAUAUCUCCCACUGAUAAGCUAACAAACAGAUCCCUAUUAGAUAAGUCAGACCCCUGGAAAUAUAGCACAGAUGUUAAACUCAGCCUUAAUAUUUUGAGAGCUGCCAUGCAAGGGGAGCGCAAAUUUAUCUUUGCUGGACUCCUUCUAACCAGCCACCGGCAUCAAUUUCAUGAGGAGAUGAUUGGUUUUUACUUAACCAGUGCCCAGGAACGAUUCAAUGCUGAGCAGGAACAGAAAAGAAAGGAAGCUGAGAAGAAAGCUGUCCUCAAUGGGUCCUCCUGCAGGAAGCUAGAUCAGGAAGGAUUUGUUAAAGAAAAGUUGGAAACAUCUCCUCAGGAUAGGGCAUCACCAAUCUUGCCUCAAAGCCAUACAACGCAACUAGUUCUAAAAUUAAAGGAUCGAUCCAGUCCCACCCCUGCUUCCUACCCCUCACCCAGCAACGGUGCUAAGAAAUAUGGUCCCGUGCCAGUAUCUGCCCAUUACAGCCAUACUCCACCAGUCCAAAGGCAAAGUGUUAUUCAUCUACAUGAUGUCAACUCCAAGUCAUCGAGCUUCCAAGAUGAUCCUUAUAAGCCAGUUGUGGGCUCUUUGAAAACUUGUGCUACAUAUCCUCAGCAGAAUCGCUCAUUGUCUUCACAGAGCUAUAGUCCAGCUCGAUUAUCGGGAAUACGCACAGUAAACACAGUUGAAUCCCUUUCAUAUGACAAACCCACAGAGCAUAAAUCUCAGACAUAUACAAAUGGGUUUAACUCUACGGAUAUUAGAGACUGCUUAGAAUAUGCUGAUGAGGAGUCUCCUCAGACGUGGUUGAACAAUGACAAAAAUAGUAGAGGCAGAAGUACAGGCUGCCCAAUAUAUUCACUUCACCAGAGCAGGUGUAAGAAGGAGAACUGCUCUUUCUAUGGACGCCCAGAGACUGAUAAUUUCUGUUCUUACUGCUAUAAAGAGGAACUGAAGAGACGUGAUCGGGAAAAUAAAGUGCACAGGCACUGAAUUGAGAUUAAAGGUCCAGAUCUCUUAUCAUUUUUUACAUGCAAAAAUUCAGAACUAAAAUGCAAUGGAACAAAAUAGCCAAAUUGGAGAGCAAGGAUGAAAUAGUAGAGUUGCUUGCUGUUAUACAGGUCAAGCUUUAUUAGACUGCUCAGAAUGAAAAGGAAUAAAAAGCCUUUGUUAGAUUUUUCUUUCUCUAGUCAUUUUCAUGUAUUAAGCUGAAAGGUUGGUUAUGUCGCAGUCAGAGCUGUGUAUGAUGUGUGGUUAUUAACUACUAAGGUGCCUGAUUUCUUUUUCUAUCACUCAGGUAAGUAGAAAGGGUCAUUAUAGUGGACUUCUCAUCUACACACCCUGAAGACAGUCAGUUUGGGGUAUGUCGCAAUACAUGACCCAGCAACAUACUUGCAACUAGAUACAUCACUGAUGCAUGAGCCAUAGCAAACCUGAUGUUUGUGUGAUGUCACUAAUCUCAAGUUGUUUGGUUAACUUCGAUUGGGUCAAACCAAGAACAGUACUGGCUCCACUGUGCGCAGAUGACUAAUCCACUUUUAAUAUUUCCUAAUAUCAGUUUUGGUUAUAUAUAGCCGAAGCACUAAUCUGUUCAAUGCACUUUGGCUACCAUACUUGUCUAAUGUUCUUUAGAAGAAUUGUGUAUACAUUUGUACUACCCCUUAAAGCUUUGUCACUCCACGUACAGUGUAUUCAUUUUUUAAAUUAACAUCCAAGCAAAAGAUAAUAAUAAAAAGAGGAUUGGAAGACUGCUUCUGUAAAGCCAUGUUAAACCAGAAUUUCAUUUAUAUGUAAGGUUGACAUGCUCUUACAAGUCAGUUGUGUAUCUUUAGGGAAUUGAUGGUAACAGGUUCUGUAUUAGUCUAAUAUAUAAAGUCUCUGUUUUGUCAUAUGGUUUCUUUCUCAAGCCUGUGUGAGCUGUCCUCCAAGGUUUCUCUCCCCCCUGUCCACUAUCUGAGUUGGUGUGCAAGCCCCCUGCUUCUGUUAUUCCUAACAUGAAGAAAGCAGAAAGUCCCUCUUAAGUUGGGUUCGCAUAUGUCCGGCAUAGGUGAACUCUGCCUAGAUCUCAAUGCAACUUAUGCCACAACUGAUGACAAGUUGUCAUCAGUUUUAUGGCAUCCGGCAUCCAUUGUUUCUGGACGGCUGCCGCGUUCCCCCUUCCCUCCGGCGUGUCCAACCAUCCGGUGUCAAAAUUGAGACCCUGAAUGGUUGUGAACUGUCCCAUUCAAAUUAAUGGGAUUAGUUCUAGCGUCAUUUUCCCUCAGGUGCAUGCCGGAGAGAAACUAUGUCGGAUGCCUGAUAUAUGUGAACCCAGCCUAACUCUGAUGAACUUAUCUUUAUUUUAGUAGCAGCUAUAUAGUAUAGUAUGGAGACUAUAUAGAAAGUUGCUUAAUGUUUGUCAGGAAACAAAUCAAUUAUAAAAAUAUCAGUGUAAAGCUGUCCAUAGCUUUUAGGGUCUAUUCACACGUACAGUAUUCUGUGCAGAUUUGAUGCGCAGGAUUUUUUUCUGCAGAUUUCAAUGUAAACUGAAUGACUUGAAAUCCUGCGCAUCAAAUCUGCGCAGAAUACUGUACAUGUGAAUAGACCCUUAAAGAAGUUUUCCAAGAUACCAACAGAACAGGACUUCAAAAAGUCUUUCCCAUAAGCCAUAUUACAUGUUCUGACCAUUUUUUGUUUCAUUACAUUAUGUAAUUAUUGUUUUCCGUGGGCAUGUUGCUCGCCUACCAGCUAGUAUGGGGUGUGUCUGUAGUCUCAGCUGCAUGCUGAAACUACAUUUCCCUUUAUGCAUUGCUUGCUGUAAACUGUUUGUAGUGUGCUUCAUCUUCCUGUAUCUGUAAAGUCCUCUAUAGUGGGCAAUAACUAUUAUGUGCUACUUAGAUAUGUGAUCAAUUUACAGAAUGUCACCAUAGAAGGAGGAAAACAUUACAUCACUUGCCACGUGAUCGGUGGCGAAUCUCUAAAAUUGGGGUCAUUUGAAAGUGUAAUUCAGAUGCAUUGACAACUGACUGGUAAAGUUUAGGACUUGGAAAACGCCUUAAGCAAUAUUAGUCAUGGCAAAGUAGCUAGGUUUAAUAUAGUGCCACCCUGUUGGAUGGUGACCUCCUAGGGAAAGGGGGUUUAAAACCUAUUGCUUAAUUUUACAUUUAUAACAGCACUUACUUGAGCAGCCAAGCAAUUGAAGGUAACUUGGUAACUAAAUUGUUUCUUUUUGUUCAGGAAUAGACACAGGAGCCUCAUUUUUUUUUCCCAUAAACAGCAUUCGAUAGUGUUUAAGACAAGGAUAGGUUUGUGGCUCAAAUCCAUAUGAACACAGAAGAUUACCAAGUGAUUUGCUGAGCAGGCCAUAACAGAAGCCCAUCUCCAUGGGGGGGUGGAAUGUGCCAAGGAUGGGUGAAUAGCCAGCCCCCGUACAGGCGAUCGCGGGGGCCCCAGUGGUUGGACCCCCAGGAUCAAAAACUCAUUGCUUAUCUUAUGGAUAGGGGAUACGUUCUAUUUCCCUGGAGUACCCUUUUAAGCUUAAGAAACUUUUAAGAGUAUUCAAGUAUAGAAUAUAUUUACAAGGUUUGAUAACUCUCCCACUAUAUAUCAGUUUUCUUUUAUGUAUAUUCCUAAUUGUGAUUUUAAUCUACAUAUGACUGCACUUUAUUAUUUAGAUUAGUUAAUUGGUCAGAAGUUAAUUGGUCAAAAAAAACAUGCCUUACUGUCCAGGAAGCAAAAUCAGUCCUGUAAUGGGAGACCCAUUUCGAUCUUUGCUAUGGGCCCCUUUUCAACUAUGUACACCACUGGUAGCAGGACAGGAGAGUGGUGCCAGUUAAUUAAGAGUUUGUACUAGAUUACAUAUGCUUUGAUUUCAUGUUAUAGCUGUCCUCUUUGUAUUGUGACUGCUAGACUUUACUGUUUCCCCUCAACAUGUAACGUACAUAGUGACUAUAAUCCGUCCACAUUAAGCCAUCACAGAGUACAUGUGAAUUUACCACGAUUCAGAUUGUGAAGUUAGGAGCAACCAUAUAAACAGGUCUGUACACAUACUGCAAAAGAAGCCACUCUGUCUGCCUCUCUCGCAGCAGGAAGUACCAGCACAAUUUUGAACACCAACCAGUUACUAAAUUACAUACAAUAAAUGAAACCCAUAUCAUUAAAAGUUUGCAUAUGUAUCUACAGCGUAUCUAUCUCACAUAUUAUCACUCCCCACAUUAUGACCUGUCAGUAGUAUGAAGUCAGCAAACAUUACUGUGUUCGGCAGACAAGUGGUUUAAAUGAAAAGAGAGCAGGGCUUCAAUGUCUUCUGGUAGAAAUGUAUUUUCAGUGCAUGGAGAGACACAUGAACACAAAAAACACAGAGUUAAUCUUUUCCUCAUGGUUGACUACUAACUGUAAACACUGUGUAUCAGAAUAUGCAUUUUAUAACAUUGCAGUUAUUAUGUGACAACCCCACCAUAGUUUGUUAAGCGGUAACAGCAAAUAUAACAUUAUAAGUUCUACCAUUUAAGAACAAUCAUUUCAAGGCAAUAAAGUACAAGUUACAGUGGUUUUCCUAAUUUAAAAGAAACAUUUAGCAAUAUCUUGUUUACAUAAAAGUAAUUACAAACCAUUACAUCAUAUAAAGCAGUACAUGUUGUAUUGGUCAACAAGUUCUCCUUGGGUACAGAACAUUAUUGAGAAAUUUCCUGUUAUUAUACAAUUGUGGGUAUAAUAGAAAUGUUAUGUUUCAGCAAACCUUUCUAUCAGUUUAUUAUGUAGAACCAUAUAGCAAUUUAAAAACAAUGACUGAUCCAGUCUCAAUUCACAUCUACAGAGUUUUAUUACCUUAAAGGGAUUUUCCAGCUAGAAUGUUGUUUAUUUUGCUCAGACAGGUGAAAAAUAAAAGAAAAACAUACCUUCCUCUCUAUCCUGCCACUUAUGUAACAUUUCCUGAUGCGCCUCACAUCUGGGAUCAUGGUCAGCAGGGGACAUUGCCAAGUCAGCCAAUCAGCAGCUGCAGCAGUGUCCCUUCUCUGCUGGUGAUUGGCUAAUUGGGAAGGAAGUUUGUCACACCAAUUACAAUCCAGAAAGUGAGACGCAUCAGGGAGCGGGGUUCUGUUACAGAGGUGGCGGCCAUGAGCAGCAUGAAACAGAUACAGCGAGCGGGGUCAUAGAACACUAUGAAAACAUGGUUUAGAAAAAAGCUGCUGGGACAGCUAAGUAGUCUCUGGGUCAGUCGGUUGCUCCCCUUCAGCCUUGAGUGAUGCGUCUCUCCCUAUACACAGAUAGGGCUUGGGUGGUUUGGUUAGCAGAUGCACUGGUUGGUAUGCUGAAUUCAUCACUUGCUCACAAAUUUAGUCCAGUAACCAGCUGGUGUAGGAAUGUGAGCACAACAUGAUAUAUUUUGCGCAGCAACUGGGAAAACGACACACGUAUGCAUUGUGCAAAAAUCUGAGCUAAUGAUAAAUUCCCCCAUAGUGUUCCACUCACUGCAGUUCGGGCAGUAUGAUACAGGUAACAGGUUCCCUUUAAGGGGAAUUUAAACACCAUAACAUUUUGGGGGCUAGAUAAUUCUGUUUAAUUCCACGGUAAACCAUUAUUGUGUUAAUUGUCUGUAUUGGUUACUAGUAGUUUUCUUCUAUCAGUGAUAUUUACAUCUAAUCAGAUUAUUAAAGAUUAUUAUCAGAUUAUCUGUUAUCACUUUUGGCAUGUACUGAAACUCUUUUUCCUACUACUUGGAAGUCUUUGGCCCCCACUAUUAGGUCCUGGCCAAGUAAACUAAUCCUUUAGAAUGUAAGAAAAAAAUGUUACCACAAUUCUGUACCUGUGUAAAGUCCAGUCUUAUUGAAAGUGCAGUAGGGUUUCUUACCCCCUCAGCCUGUGCAUGUGAUCAUCUACCAGCUUCAUUACCCCAGUGGUGCAGGAAUAAGACUGAUGUCUAUGAGCGGCCAUCAAUUGUGAGACCCCAAUUAACUUUACGAGGUUUGGCGGUGUGAUACAAUAUCAGUAACAUGUUUAGGUUCUGUGUUGCUUGUGAUUUAUUUUGCUAAUUGCACAAAAUUGUAAAAGUCUGUGAAUAAUCUUGAUGUAUACUAACACGUUUAUGUAUAAUAGGAGUUGCUAUGCAAAUGUUUACCUUCAUAUACUGCCAGCUGUAUGGGUUACAGUGUUGUAUGAAGGGAUUACUGUUAUUUUUGUUCUAUUAUUUUAUACUAUAUUAGGAGUAUUGAAUGUUACAGGGUGAACUGUUGGCCUAUUGGGAGAUCAUGUAGGCAGAUUACAGGAUGGAAAGCUACUCACACUGAGGGAAUGUGCAUUUGGCAUGUAUAAAAAUUACUGGAUUUACAUGCAAUUUAAGGUCUUUACAAUCUGGUGGAUCAUCAGUCAUGUAGCAAUUCACUGGGCAUGAAGUAUGUCCACUAUACAGCCCCAGACUCCACUAUAAGGGCCAUAGCCUGGUGGACUCACACUGCUACUGUCUACUCACUGCCUGCAGAGAAUUCCUGCUAUUUCUUUAGUUUCAACCAGUUUGGCCAAAAGUAUGGAUAUUAACUGGCAUUCUCAAAUACAUCCUACUUGACCAGAAAGCAGUAGCUCUGUGCAUUAGUUUGUGGGGAUUUAUAGCAGGUGCCUAUAACAUACACUGGUUCAACCUAUUAAAGGGAACCUGUCAAUUUAAACAUGCUGUCUGAUCUGCAGGUAGUACAUUACGAUUGCCCCAUCGCAUGCGCUGAUGUGCGCCGUAAUUGAGUGCCGAUCUUUUAGACUGGUGUUUGUUUAAAGGGCCUAUUACAAGGUUCAACUACCAUGCAGGGUGGGCCACCUGAGCAACUGCCAGAUCGUUCGUGCAGCCCUCUGCUUCAAUCAUUCAUUGGCCACAAAUCCUCUAAUACACGGUUAGAUGUUCAGAUGAUAAACAAUUUAGCUAGGCAAAAAAGUGAUCAGCCAACAAAUGAGUGUUUGCUUGUUGAUCAGCUGAUUAGUAGUGUUGAGCGGCAUAGGCCAUAUUCGAAUUCGCGAAUAUUCGCGAAUAUAUGGACGAAUAUUCGUCAUAUAUUCGCGAAUAUUCGCAUAUUCGUUAUAUUCUCGUUUUAUUUUCGCAUAUGCGAAUAUUCGCGUAUGCGAAAAUUAACAUAUGUGAAUAUUGGCAUAUACAUAAUUAACACACGCGUAAAUUCGCAUAUGCGAAAAUUAGCAUAUGCUAAUCUUUCGCAUAUGCGAAUUUCCGCACGCCAGUCUCACACAGUAGUAUUACAGCCUUCUUUACACCACACAAGCUGGAAGCAGAGAGGGAUGAUCACUGUGAUGUGUACUGUGAAGAAAAAAAAAAAAAAAACGAAUAUUCGUAAUUACGAAUAUAUAGCGCUAUAUUCGCAAAAUUCGCGAAUUCGCGAAUAUGCGAUAUUCGCAAAUAAUAUUCGAAUUGCGAAUAUUCGCGAGCAACACUACUGAUUAGUAGCCCUGUUACACAGGGCAAUAUUGGCCUGUUCAGCAGAUUCACUCUGUGUAAUAAACCUAUAGGGAGUAAUAGGAAGAAGCUGAGUAGUCUAUAUAAAAAUGGUUUUUUUAUAAGUGUCAGUCUCCUUAGAUCUAGAAAAGCAAGAGAAAGCGCUCCAUAGCGUAAUACCACCUGGGUAGAUAUAACAAAGAGAAUUGAUUGUACGAGUCUCUUACCCCAGGUGGUUGUGCGAACUCACACACAACAAUGGUAAGCAUGAAUAAGCGGAAAGGUCCGGUCUGCAGCCUCCAAACCAGUUGAACAGUAACUGGGGAUGGACUUCCAGGGGGUGGCGGGUAUCCACGGCGCUGACCAGGA